AUUAAUAGAAAAUUUUACGUGACAAAGGGCUAUUUCAAACUGUUUGAGAAUAGAAAACUACAGGCAGCUAUUAAAUCAGCAAAUAUGAAAACAGAAGUGUCUUGGAAACGUCGAUUUCUCCGGAAAAAGUUAAAGUACACGUUGAUUUGUGUGUUCGUGGUCGCUAUCAUUUUUGUUGUUCAUCAAUUAUUUUACUUCAAGCAACUUAAUCAAGCGAUCGUAGGGAAAUUAAUUAGUGGUUCGGUACGAACAUCUAAUUAUAUUGUUACUACAAACGUAACUUCGAAGGUGAAUAAACAAUUGCAUUUUAAACUUCUUCGAGAUAAGGAUGGUCGAAAUGUAUCUUUGCGUGGUACACGCGAUAAAGAUCUUUUAAAAUACCUGCCGAAUUCACGUGGAAAAUUUAUUUGUUUUGCUUCAAAAAUCGAGAUAGAUUUUUUUAAAAUAAACGAUGAUUACUGUGAUUGUCCGAUUGACGGUAGUGAUGAACCUGGUACCAAUGCAUGUAACAAUGGUGUUUUUUAUUGUGAAACUUCAGCCUCUCAAGUAACAGCAAAAAUACCAUCUUACAAAGUUAAUGAUGGAUUUUGUGACUGUUGCAACGGAUCUGACGAGUGGCCAGAAUUUAAAUUAUCACAUUUAAAUAAUGACUCUGGGAACAUACGUUAUAAGUCUAAGUGUCAAAACAGAUGCUAG